AGCUCGACCACUACGCCGAUCAUGGGUUUCACUGGGCUUGCGAGAUGGCAAAAUGCACCACCGGAAGGUUUAACCCUGAUCCAUAAGAAUAUAGUACUUAAUCAUCGAGGUGUUCUUAGAGAGAAAUGGUAUUUGACGAUAAAAUCCUUCCGUACAAACUUCAGUUCGAUUCCUGGCAUACGAGUGCCUUCGGAACGGUUAAUGUGGUCGGUCACAAUGAAAGAUAAUGCAUUCGUAAUCUUGGAGGACGGCACGGCCCCGACCAGGUUUGAUGUCCUUCAAAAUUUUGGAGAGGACGUCAUGUAUGAAACCCCCCAUUUCCGACAAACACAUAUGACAUGUAAUCCUCCCGGUGCUUUGGAGGCGCUGCUUGACCAGUUACAGGCUCGGUGGGUGUCCACACGCGGUCACUCACAACCGUCUGGUGCACCCCAGAGCCUUCAAGAUAGCGGACCUCAGCUUACAAUAAUUGGGCAAGUCUUCGCCGUAGGAACAGAUUGGAUUGUCCGUGCUGGGACUGUGCAGCUUUCAGGAGGCGCAAUGAAGGGCAUGCUACUUGAGGCAGAAUAUCUUCCCCUUUCCGCAUUUCCACAAACCACGGACGAGACAUCCGAACUUCUGUCAAAUUUUAUUACAGCAAUGUUGCCACACACUGCAGAUGCGAAGACUGUCGCGAUAACCAUCAGUGACUCCCAGUGGGAAGAACUUUUUUGGGACCAUGAAGACCGGAAAGGAGACGAGCAGACAAUUAAGCCCCCGGAGGAUAUAUAUGUCUCCGGAGAAGACAUGCAGUCGGAGGGCCGGAAAGAGGACUGGAUAGGAGUAGAGAGAGAUCGACGUGCUGCGUAUCUCGUAAUGGGAGGACUCAGAAUGGAGGGGCUAUUGUAGCUGUAUUAUUAAAGCUGAUAUCGUUAUUGCACGUAGAUUUGUAUCCUGUAGCUUCAAAGUCCGAAUACUGUUUAACGGUCUUACGGUUAUCUGCC